GGAUGAAGAUUUCAACAGUCUUUUCUUUUCUAACACUUGGUUUCGCAACCUUUGUUUCUGGCAGUAGUAUUCAAUACAGUGUUAUCUCUCUCAUCUCUAAAAAUCAAAACCUCGGCGUCAUUGUCGAUGAUCAAGUGUAUCCUUUAAGCAAUACCAAUGAAGCGACACCUUUACUCCAUCGUGGUAAAGCUCCCAUAUGUAGUACCGGAUACAAGUAUGCGAUUCUUUCCAGCCACCAAGUGUUGGACACCGAAAACUUCACUCGGCCUUGCUCUUCUGACAACAUCCAAGCAAACGAUUAUUAUGGUCGAUCUUGGAACAGCUAUCACAAUUUGACCAGAUUACCUACGCUCUUACCACCCCUCGAUAUCAUGGAUCGUAUUCAAUCCGAUUUGCAUAUCGAGAACGAAAUUCCAACAAUUCAUUUAUACGGUAACCAAAAUGAAAUUGAUUAUAUGCAUCAUAAUCAGGUUAACAAAACAGUACGUAUUAAAUUGAAUAUGGCUUAUAUCAGUCCAAAAGACGUCAAAAUAUUUAAGGACAUCACAUUAUCGGUUUCUGGUAUAUCUACUCGGAAAAUAGAUAAGCUCUCUUACAAAGUAAAGCUUGCUAAAAGCCAAGAUCUUUACGGGUACCGUAGGAUCAAGCUAAAAGCAAUGAAUUUAGAUAUGUCCUACAUGAGAGACAGUUUGGGCUACUCCAUUACUGAAUCCAUUGGAUUGCCUAGUUCAGGUCACAGUUAUGUUCGUGCUUACAUCAAUGAACGAGCCAUUGGACUUUUUGGUUUAACCGAACAUAUAAAGGGAGAUUGGGUCAAGAAUGUUUUUGGCCAUGGAUCCAAGGAUUACAAACACGGUGCCCUCUACAUUGGGAAUAUCAAUGCUGGUCAAGGAAACGCAACACAAAAAAGGCCUCCGCCCGUCCCUUUAAAAAAUCAAACCCGGUCCUUGAAUGCUAUUAAUAAAGUCAAGAAUGAAAAUGCUACUUCUUCCUUGUUCUAUCUUGGGAGUGAUGUGAGGGCUUACAGUGCAGGACAAUAUUCUAUGAAAGUCAAGCCAUCGGAUGGAGACAAGGCUGACUUCACUUGUAUUAUGGACUUGACAAAGUUUAUACAAAGCCAACCAACUACACCUGUAGAUAAUUCAGUAGUACCGCUUUGGACAGAUAAGAUGGAUGUGGAUAGCUUUCUGCGUGGGUUAGCACUUGAAAUUGUCAUUUCGAAUUGUGAUGGGUACUUUGGCUUGGCCAACAAUUUUAUGCUUUUUAAAGACAUGCAACACAAUCGCAUGGUUUUUAGUGCACAAGAUUUCGAUAUGACCAUGGGUGUGGGUGGUUAUAAUAUCAGUAUGAGAGUGGGUAAAGAUUAUACCCAAUUUCCGGGUUUCCAAACCCGUGCGCUUAUGCCUCGUUUGAUGCAAGUGCCAAGAUUUAAACAACAGUUUGAAAUAUAUGUCAACACAUUUGUCAAGGAACUUGUAAAUUCCCGUAUCUUGGGCCGUCGUAUUGACCAACUUUUUCAAAUGCUUUCGGAAGAUGUGGCUUGGGAUAGGUCUUUACCACGUAUGGGACAAAGCUUGAGUCCAAUUGGUGGGAUGAUAUUGAAAGUAUAUAAUGUAUCGUCCAUGUCGGAAUUGCCACUUUCUUUAGGCGUGUAUGGUCCCACGGCUAAUAAUAAUAUAAUGGCAUUGCAUGAUUGGUUGUCCUUGCGUAGCUCAAAUCUGUUUAAAUAAAAC